ACUUCAUCAAGUUUGAGAUGAGGAGAAGAGGCGCACUUUGGAGGUGAGGUUCACUCUACACGGUUCUCACCAGGGCUAUAUCAGACAUGACCCUGACCAGAGGACAACAGAGAUAUCUCUGAACUUCUCACUCAUUUGAUCCCACUAUCAGCGCUGAUACAAUGUCUUCUGCUGCGGCUGCUUCGUCUCCCAAUAGGAGAGCCACGAAUCAGAAGAAGAAGCCGGGUCCCACCGUGGCAGACCGGAUCCUGAAGGCCUUGGCCGCGUCCACAGAGCGCGGUGGCAUGUCCCUGGCUGCCAUCAAAAAGGUUUUGACGGCUGGAGGAUACGACGUGGUGAAGAACAAAGCCAGAAUCCGCUUGGCCCUCAGGCGAUUGGUGGCCAGCAAACGUGUGGUCCAAAUCAAGGGCAAAUACAAGCUGAACAAGAAAUCCCCCACACCUCCGAAGAAGAAGUUGGUGAAGAAGAAGAAAUCAAAGGUGAAAAAGGCCGAAACCAAGAAGUCAGCUCAGUCGCCUAAAAGGAAGAGGAGUCCUAGGAAGAGUUCUAGCAAACCAAAGAAGUCCAAAGCUGCCAAGAAGCCUCUCAAGAGUCCCGACACCUGCAAGGGACGCAGGCUCACCAAGAACAGGGCUGCUGCCAAGAAGUGAACGCGCUCUAAUGAACACUAAAUGCGAACGAGCGCCUUUUUGGAGGCGUUUAACGCACGCUUGGACCAAAACACUGCAUCUAUUACAAGAACUUGAGCUUGCUUUAUAUUUCAUAGUUUUUCUAUAAUGGAAAAUACUGAACUUGCUGUUUUGACUCUUCUUUCUCUGGCACCAUCUGCUGUGGUUUCUAAAGAACUGAACUACAAUUGUAGAAAAUAAUAAACAUAUUUUAAUGUA